UCCUCGCGCCCGCGAAUAGCCGGGGUGUUUUGGCCCGCUGGCGGAGCCGUAGCCACAGUUUCCUCGGGCGUCCGCAGCCGGGGACCCGGCUGUCCAGGAUCCCGGGCCGAGAUCCACGAUGUCAGAGGAAGAAACUAGGCAGAGCGAAAGCUCCCCGGAAGCCAGUGGGGUGACUGUCAGCGACAUCCAGGAGCUGAUACGGCGCAAGGAGGAGAUCGAGGCGCAGAUCAAAGCCAAUUAUGACGUGCUGGAGAGCCAAAAAGAUGUGGGGAUGAACGAGCCGCUGGUGGACCGCGAGGGCUACCCCCGGUCAGAUGUGGACCUGUACCAAGUCCGAACUGCAAGGCACAACAUCGUCUGUUUGCAGAACGAUCACAAGGCGGUGAUGAAGCAGGUGGAGGAGGCCCUGCACCAGCUGCAUGCUCGUGACAAGGAGAAGCAGGCCCGGGACCUGGCUGAGGCCCACAGGGAGGCCACGAACCACGGCCAGAGCCAGGGCCUCAGCCCUUCUCAGGCCUUCGCCAAAGUCAACAGCAUCAGCCCCGGCUCCCCGGCCAGCAUCGCAGGUCUGCAAGUGGAUGAUGAGAUUGUGGAGUUUGGCUCUGUAAACACCCAGAACUUCCAGUCGCUGCAUAACAUUGGCAGUGUGGUCCAGCACAGUGAGGGGUCAACCCUGUCUUGGCCGCACUGCUCAUCCACGUGGAACUCAUCAGAAGGCAGGCAGUGGGCCGAGAAACAGCUGGCUGGUGCCUGCGCCCCUGCUAGAGGUCGGGCCUUCAAUUCCACACCGACUGACACCGUCAUCAAAUUUGUGCUCGUGUGGACAAGUUUAAAAUUUGUAUUUUGUCAGAUACGUCAGUUUUUUGCUUUAUGGCUUUGGCAUUUUGUGUCUACUUAAAGAAAUUCUUCUAGUACUUUAAUUGUUUUGUCUUUAGCUUUUCUUUAAUCCAUCUGGAAUGUGUCUUUUAUUUUUAUUUUUUAUAAGUUUAAUUGAGUUCACAUACCUUACAGUUCACCCACUUAAAGUGCAUAAUCCAGUCAUUUUUAGUAUAUUCAUAGAGUUGUGCCUCCAUCACCACAGUCAAUUGUGGAACAUUUUCAUCACCCCCAGAAGAAGCCUUGUACCCGUUAGCAGUCACUCCCCAUGCCCCCGUGUACACCAACCUCUGGCAGCCACUAAACUGCUUUCUGUCUCUAUGGACUUGCUUAUUCUGGACAUUUCAUAUAAAUGGGAUCAUACAGCAUGUGAUAUUUUGUGACUACUCUCACUUAGCAUUGUGUUUUCAAGGUUCAUCCAUGUUGGAGCACAUAUCAACACUUCAUGCCUGUUUGUGACCAAAUAACAUCCCAUUGUAUGGAUGAACCGCGUAAACCACGUUCUAUUUAUCUGUUUAUCAUUGAUGAAUAUUUAGGUUGUAUCCACUUUCUGGCUAUUAUUAUAGAAUAGUAACUGUAAUAGAAUAAUACUUCUGUGAACAUUCUGUAUAAGUUUUUGUGUAGACAUAUGUUUUCAUUUCUCUUGAGUUCAUGGCUCACCUGAAAUUAACUUUUGUGGAUGGCGUGAAGCAGGGCACCAAACUUAAUUUUUUUCCCCAAAUGGAUAGUAUUAGUCCCAGUAACAUUUACUGAAGAGUUAGUUCUUUACCCGCUCAUUUUUAUCGCCACUUCUGUUACAUGAUUCUGAUAUGUGGGAACGUUUAUUCCAUGGCCUUGGUCUGGUCUGAGCCUUUCUGCGUUUCCCUGGAACAAAUCCGUUUGUUCCUGGCCUGUUUCCUUUUAACCCCUUGCCAUAUAGCACCUUGUAUGUCUACUGGUGAGUGGAAAAAUCACCCCAAAACUUCAGCAGCUUAAAACAACGAACAUUUAUUGUUGCUCACAGUUUCUGAGGGUCCGGCACUCAGGAGUUGUGUAGCUGGGUGGUUUUGGUCAGGGUCUCUCAUGAGGUUGUGGUCAAGAUGUAAUCAGAGGCUGCAGUCAUCUGAGAGCUUGACUGAGGUUAGAAAAUCUGUUUCCAAGAUGCUUUACUCACAGGGAGGCUUCAGUCCUUCAUCACGCUGGGCCUCUCCACGGGGCUGCUGCUCGGUGGCGGCGGGGCCCCCCAGGGUGGGGGAUCCAUGGGGAAGCAGAGCGGAGGCAGCAGCGCCUUCUCCGGCUCCGUCUCUGAAGCUUCACACUGUCACUUCCACUUGAUUCCACUCCUUAGAAACACCUCACUAAGCGCAGCCUACACUCAAAGGGAAGGGAAUUUGACUUCAACUCUUGAAGGAAGCAGUAUCUCAGCAUUUGUGGACAUAACCUAAACCACAACACAGGGUUUGUAUUUUCUCCAGUUACUCAGCUACGACUUGUCCAGUUUCUCUAAGCUUUUCAUUUUCUCUGCCGCCUCUCAUCUUUGCAGUCUCCUUUCCCAUUUUACUUAUUUAUCCUUGGGGCGUUGUAUCCUUGUUACUGCUUUACUGUUCUGUCAUCACUUUCAUGAGGUUUUGAGAGGUGGUGCAGAUGUGGGUUCGUUCUGUUAUGUUUACCCAAAGUCUGUUUUUCAUUCCUUCCCCACCUCCUGCGCCCCCGCCCCAACCCCAGCUUGCUAGUGUGUUACAGUUUACUCAUGUCUCUUGGGUGGCUUGCUGCACAUACUUUUACACUUUGUAAUUGUCUGAGCUUGUUCUUACUGGUUUGUUUUGUAAAUAUGUUUUUUUUUUUUUUU